AUGGACAUGUUUCUGCUGAAAGCCGCCGCGAUCGUCUUGGCACCUCUGCUGCUCAACCUUGGGAGCUGCUAUCGCGCGGUCUUGAACGACGCACGCAUCAUCUCGCUGGACCCUGCCCUGCAAAGCAAGCUAGAAGUGCUCUACGCUUAUCCCGGUUUCUGGGCCUUGUUCUGGUAUCGGCUCAGCCACGCUCUUCUCAUGAGAAACAUCCCUGGCCUUUCCUCGGUUGUGCCAAGGCUGGCCAUGUCUAUUGUCCGAUACGCCACCUCCAUCGACAUCCACCCGGCUGCCAAAAUCUCGGAAGAAGGAGUGUUAAUAGACCAUGGAGCCGCGCUGGUGGUCGGCGCGACGGCCAUAAUCGGGGCCCGGGUUACUCUGUACCACGGGGUUACGCUUGGCAACUCCGGGAAGAAGGUUUCCCCGGGAGGGAAAAGACAUCCCACCAUCGGAGACCGCGUUGUCCUCGGCGCUGGUGCAAAGAUUUUGGGAGACAUCACCAUCGAGGAUGACGUGCUAGUCGGGGCGAACUCGGUCGUCACCAAGUCUGUGCCGAAGCACCACACCGCCGUAGGUGUGCCCGCGAGAAUACUCUGCCGUGGCACCUGUACAGGAAAGGAUGUGACGGGAGCGGCGAUCUGCGAGCUGCACAGGCGUCUCAACAAGGUCGAAAAGGGUGGCGACGCCGUCGUAGUCCCUCAGAGACGAGAAGAAGCGGAUGUCGCGGGCGGACAGCAGGACACAAUACACCAGCAGCAGCAGCAGCAGCAGCAGGGGAGGGAAGCUUCGUCGUUGGCGUCGCCAGUGUCUGACGUCACGGUCGUUCCUUCGCCUUCGAGCGAAAACAACCACCAGCAGCAGCAGAAGAAGUUCGAUGCACCUGUACCGACGUCGUUGCCACCGACAUCGGAGAGCGGCAUCGGGCAAAUUUUGUACAGCCAAAACAUCCUCAAGGAGAUUGCUGUGAAUUGA